CACAGUCAACACAGUAUGUUGCCUCACAGCAGGGGGCAAAGGCCAGAGUCAGCUCUCUUCAUAAAGGAAGAACACAGACUGGUCUGGAACUCAGAGUGUGCCAGGAGGGUCCUACCCAGGUCUAAGUGUCUGGUGGGGUGGCAGCCAGGUGUUACCACAGGAGCCCAGUGGACAGGCGGACAUGGGGCUGCUGACAGGGGAUGUGCUGACAACUCUGGCCUUGGCCAUGGCCGUCUUCCUGCUCCUGGUGGACCUGAUGCACCGGUGCCCGCGCUGGGCUGCACGCUACCCGCCAGGCCCCAUGCCACUGCCGGGACUGGGCAACCUGCUGCAGGUGGACUUCCAGGACAUUUCUUACUGCUUCAGCAAGGUGAAGGAGGUGGUGGUGGAAAGCAGCUGGGGCCUGGGUCCUCUCAGCAGGAGACAUGGGUGCUGCAGCGCCGCUUCGGGGACGUGUACAGCCUGCAGCUUGGCUGGACACCGGUGGUCGUGCUCAACGGGCUGGUGGCCGUGCGCGAGGCGCUUGUGAAGCACAACGAGGACACCGCGGACCGCCCUCCUACGCCCAUCCUCGAGUACCUGGGCUUUGGACCUCGCUCCGAAGGGAUUUUCCAGGCGCGUUACGGCCCCGCGUGGCGCGAGCAGCGGCGCUUCUCGGUGUCCACUCUGCGCCUCUUCGGUCUGGGCAAGAAGUCUCUGGAGCAGUGGGUGACUGAGGAGGCCUCCUGCCUCUGUGCUGCCUUCGCCGACCACGCCGGACGCCCCUUUAGCCCCAGCGAAUCCCUGAACAAAGCGGUGACCAACGUGAUGGCCUCGCUCACCUAUGGGCGCCGCUUCGAGUACGACGACCCGCGCUUCCUCCGGCUGUUGACCUUGAUGAAUGAGGUUCUACUGGAGCAAUCAAGCUUCCUGAUCCAGAUGCUGAAUUUUAUUCCUGUCCUCCUGCGCAUCCCGGGGUUGGUUCACAAGGUCAUCCCUCGGCAAAGGGAAUUCAUGGCCCUGUUGGAUGAGCUGGUGACUGAGCACAGGAUGACCUGGGACCCAGCCCAGCCACCACGAGACCUGACAGAUGCCUUCCUGGCCGAGGUGGAGAAGGCCAAAGGGAACCCUGAAAGCAGCUUCAAUGAUGAGAACCUGCGCCUGGUGGUGUCUGACCUGUUCUCUGCUGGGAUGGUGACCACCUCCACCACGCUGGUCUGGGCCCUCCUGCUCAUGAUCCUGCACCCAGAUGUGCAGCGCCGAGUACAACAGGAGAUCGAUGAAGUAAUAGGGCAGGUGCGGCGACCAGAAAUGAGUGACCAGGCCCAUAUGCCCUUCACCACCGCCGUGAUUCACGAGGUGCAGCGCUUUGGGGACAUCGUCCCCCUGGGUGUGCCCCACAUGACAUCCCGAGACAUUGAAGUGCAGGGUUUCCUCAUCCCCAAGGGGACACUUCUCUUCACUAACCUGUCAUCAGUUCUGAAGGAUGAGACGGUCUGGGAGAAGCCCUUCCGCUUCCACCCGGAACACUUCCUGGAUGCCCAGGGUCGCUUCGUGAAGCCAGAGGCCUUCAUGCCUUUCUCAGCAGGCCGCCGUGCAUGCCUUGGGGAGCCGCUGGCCCGCAUGGAGCUCUUCCUCUUCUUCACCUGCCUCCUGCAGCGCUUUAGCUUCUCGGUGCCUCCCGGACACUCCCCACCCAGUGACCAUGGUGUCUCUAACUUCCUGGUUAGCCCUUUCCCUUACCAGCUUUGUGCUGUGCCCCGCUAGAGAGGGGUACCAAGUCCGUAACCUGUUCCCCAGCCAGGACCCUGAUGUGCAAUAAACCAAUGUGCUUACCCCAACCCAGGCCCCUGACCACCCCUGGCUGCCAUGGGGCCUCACAGCCUCUCUGGGGACAGCACACCCCUGCCUUAUCUGUG